AUGGCUUCAACAGGCCACCACUCCCCCCUCGAGGAUCGCUCCAGCGGCUCCGUCUCGCCAACACAGACCGUCGACGUCGAAAAGAAUGCCAAUCACGACUCGAUCAAGCCUCACGUCGAGGAUGCAAAGAUCUCUUCCACCUCGCCAGUGGAGCAGACCAUGUUCGGCGAGAAGCGAGAGCAGUACCGCAGCGAGGAGGAUUACAUGUUUGAACAGCAGAAGCGCUCGGCAGGAGACCACAAGUUCAAUCGCCUCGGCUGGAAGAAGCUCACCAUCUGCUUGAUCGUCGAAGCUAUCGCUCUGGGCGCGCUCUCCAUUCCCUCGGCGUUCGCAACGCUCGGAAUGGUCGCCGGUGUCCUUGUCAGCGUCGGUAUCGGCUUCAUCGCCAUCUACACAAGUUACAUCGUCGGUCAGGUCAAGGUCAAGUUCCCGCAGGUCUCGCAUUACGCCGACGCCGGACAGCUCAUGAUGGGCCGCUUUGGCUACGAGCUCAUCGGCGCCAUGUUUGUCCUCCAGCUUACGCUUCUCGUAGGCUCGCACUGCCUAACCGGUACCAUCGCCUUCCUCAACCUCAGCGACAAUGCCAUCUGCUCGCUCGUCUUCGGCAUCAUCUCGGCCAUCAUCCUUUUCCUCGUUGCAGUGCCUCCCUCCUUCUCCGAGGUGGCCAUCCUCGGAUACAUCGACUUCGCCUCCAUCAUCAUUGCCAUUGGCAUCGUCAUCAUCGGCACGGGGGUCAGGAAGAAUCAGGCCUCUGUCACUCCCACGCUCACAGAAUGGUCCGCCUGGCCAAAGGAAGGCACCACGUUCGCCGACGCCUGGGUCGCGCUCACCAACAUUGUCUUUGCCUACUCGUUCGCCAUGUGCCAGUUCUCGUUUAUGGACGAGAUGCACACCCCCACCGACUAUGUCAAGAGCAUCUACGCGCUGGGCAUCAUCGAGAUCUUCAUCUACACGAUCACCGGUGCGCUCGUCUACGCCUUUGUUGGCACCGGCGUCCAAUCUCCUGCGCUCCUCUCGGCGGGUCCGACGCUCUCCAAGAUCGCCUUUGGCAUUGCUCUGCCCGUCAUCUUCAUCUCGGGUUCCAUCAACACCACCGUCAUCGCGCGUUACAUCCACGGCCGUAUCUUCAAAGACUCGGUGAUUCGCUACAUCAACACCAAGAUGGGCUGGAUCACCUGGCUCGCCGUUGUGGCUGUGAUCACCGUGGCGGCUUGGAUCAUCGCUGAGGCCAUUCCCUUCUUCAGCGAUUUGCUCGGUAUCAUGUCGGCCCUCUUUGUCUCAGGCUUCACCUUCUACUUCCCGGCGCUCAUGUGGUUCCUCCUCAUCAAAGAGGGCAAGUGGAACGCCACACGCUGGAACAUCAUCCUUAGCAUCGUCAACGCCGCCGUCUUUGUCCUCGGCCUGCUUGUGCUCGUCUGCGGCACCUACGCCUCGGUCAAGGAUAUCAAAGAUCAGUACGCAAAGGGCACCGUGGGUGGAUCGUUCACGUGCGCGCCCAUCGGUUAA